AUGUCUGCAGAUGCAACAGUUACUCCUAGUGUUUUAGAUCUCCGUGUUGGCUUGAUUGAUAAGGCUAUUCAGCAUCCCGAUGCUGAUAAUUUAUAUUUAUUAACCAUUCAUUGUGGAGAUGCAGAACCACGUACUGUCGUUUCAGGACUUGCCAAGUAUAUUCCUAUUGAAGCCUUACAACACCGACUUGUUGUAUUACUUUGCAAUCUUAAACCAAUCAAGUUUCGCGGUAUUACUUCACAAGCAGAAUAUGAUAAAAUAAUAAAGGCAAUGGUUUUAGCAGGAAGCGAUGCUAUACAUAGUAAACUUGAGCUGGUGGAACCACCGGCAGAAAGCACGCCAGGUACUCCAGCAGUAUUUGAUGGGCAUGUAGGAGCUCCAUUGACGCUUUUACCGCCUAAGAAGAAGCUUUGGGAGCAAAUACAACCAGGAUUACGUGCAGAUGCAUCUGGUGAAGUAGGAUGGGUUGAGGGAAAUGGUGUAUGGCGGGCGUUGCGCGUUGGCACGUGGACGUGCAAGCUGCCCACAUUACGAGAAGUAUCAAUCAGUUAA